AUGUCGGCUGUAACCGCGGCUGCGGUGCGCGCAGCGUCGCGUACCGGGAGAAUUGCUUCCAGCGUCAGGCAGAACAGAGCUCUUGCCCCACGUAUAGCCGUUCCACGCCAACAGAGCUUUCAGCGGCGGCACUACUCUUCACCAGGAGACCCCCAGAUAUCUACGAGAUCGACUGUCGUGCAAUUGCUAAGCAACAUUGGGUCCAAAAGAGAGGUUCAGCAAUAUCUGUCACAUUUCACAUCAGUCUCGUCGCAGCAAUUUGCGGUCAUCAAGGUUGGGGGAGCUAUUUUGACCGAACAUCUACAGACUCUCUCAUCUGCACUCGCUUUCUUGAAUCAUGUCGGUCUAUACCCGAUCGUCGUUCACGGUGCUGGGCCUCAGCUGAACAAAAUCCUGGAAGAUUCGGGUGUGGAGCCGCAGUUUGAGGAGGGUAUUCGCAUCACAGAUCCUAAGACUUUGGGUAUUGCACGUGCUCUCUUCCUCGAAGAGAACUUGCGACUCGUAGAAGAGCUGGAGCGACUCGGUAUUCGUGCGCGACCCAUCACCUCUGGCGUCUUCACCGCGGAUUAUCUGGAUAAGGAGAAAUGGAAUCUGGUGGGCAAGAUCACACACGUUGAUAAGAAGCCCAUUGAGGCCGCCAUUCAGGCUGGAUGCUUGCCUAUCCUUACCUCCAUGGCCGAAUCCACCUCCGGCCAAGUUCUCAAUGUCAAUGCCGAUGUCGCAGCGGGCGAGCUUGCCCGCGCGCUGCAGCCUUUGAAAAUCGUAUACCUGUCCGAGAAAGGCGGGCUCUUCAACGGCGACACUAAGGAGAAAAUCUCUGCUAUCAACCUCGACGAGGAAUACGACGACCUGAUGACCCAAUGGUGGGUCCGACACGGAACUCGUCUCAAGAUCAGGGAGAUGAAGGAAUUGCUCAUGGAUCUGCCCCGUACCUCCAGCGUUGCCAUCAUCCAUCCAGCUGAUUUGCAGAAAGAGCUUUUCACUGAUUCCGGAGCUGGAACUCUCAUCCGCAGAGGCAACAAAGUACACGUCAACUCAAAGAUCAGCGACUUCCCUGACCUAAAUAAGCUGACCGAGGUCCUGAUCCGUGAUCGUGAAGGCCUUGAUGCCCGCGCUGUGGUUGACCGUUAUGUCAAGGGUCUACAGGAGACCACAUUCAAGUCUUACUGCGACGAGCCUAUGGAGGCCCUGGCCAUUGUCAUGCCGCCUACGUCCGAGACCUCGAUUGCCCAUCUCGCUACUCUGACGAUCACCCGUCAAGGAUGGCUCACUAACGUUGCUGAUAACAUCUUCGCCAGCAUCCGUAAGGACUUCCCAAGAUUGAUGUGGACUGUCAAAGAAGAUGAUGAGAAUUUGACUUGGUUCUUCGACAAGGCAGACGGCAGCUUCUCCAAAGAUGGCGAAGUGCUGUUCUGGUAUGGCCUCGAAACUACCGAUGAGGUCAAGGAGCUUAUGACUGAGUUCAACAAGCACGGCCGUGAGAUGUUCGGCGGCAUCAACCUGGAGUCGAAGCUGCAGAAGGCUGCCCGUGCGGCUGCUGGUAUCGCUUCCCAGGCUGCUCGCUCAGCUGGUCUGUCACAAGCUCGUGCCUACUCGACGUCUGCCCGAAAGUUGGGCUCUUCCAAAAGACCCGGUGUUUCGUAUGGGUCAUCCCUCGGUGCGAGAUCCUACUCAACAACCACCAACCCCAACCCUCCGCUGGGCGCGAAGAACAGCUCCAACGAGAAGCCUUCAAAGGUCGCCAUCAUCGGUGCUCGAGGCUACACUGGCAAAGCUCUGAUCGACCUCGUUAACAAUCAUCCCAAUCUCGACCUCCGGCACGUCUCAUCACGCGAGCUUGCGGGGCAGAAGCUCACUGGCUACACCAAAAGAGACAUCAUCUACGAAAAUCUGUCUGUCGAGGAUGUCCGUCAGAUGGCCGAAAAUGGAGAUGUAGACUGUUGGGUCAUGGCUCUGCCUAAUGGUGUCUGCAAGCCAUUCGUUGACGCCAUUGAUGAGGCUGCUAAGGAUCAACUCAUUGUAGACCUCAGUGCCGACUACAGGUUCGACUCUGCGUGGACAUAUGGCCUGCCCGAACUUGUGGACAGAUCAGCUAUUGCAAGAGCAACACGAAUCUCGAACCCUGGCUGCUACGCUACUGCGGCUCAGCUCGGUAUUGCUCCUCUCAUCAACCACCUCGGCGGCCAGCCCACCGUAUUCGGUGUUUCUGGCUACUCUGGCGCUGGGACCAAGCCAAGCCCCAAGAACGAUGUUGGAAAUCUGACCGACAACAUCAUCCCAUACAGCUUGACAGAUCAUAUUCAUGAGCGUGAGAUAUCAACACAGCUUGGAACCCCCAUAGCUUUCAUUCCUCACGUAGCUGUCUGGUUCCAGGGUAUUCACCAUACUAUCAACAUCCCUCUGGCCAAGGAAAUGUCAUCACGAGACAUCAGAAAUCUUUAUCAGGAUCGGUACGCCGGUGAGAAGCUGUUGAAGGUCAUCGGCGAAGCACCAUCUGUGAAGAAGAUCUCUGGAAAACACGGUGUAGAGAUGGGUGGCUUUGCUGUUCAUUCGAGCGGAAAGCGAGUAGUCGUGUGCGCUACUAUUGACAAUCUUCUCAAGGGUGCAGCCACACAGUGUCUACAAAACAUGAAUUUGGCGCUGGGCUAUGGCGAGUACGAGGGAAUUCCUCUUGAGUAA